ACAAAUGCCAGAGGUCCUUUCUUUGUGACAGCUGUCUCAUAGCUCUGUUUCUUCCUCAUCUCGCGUAUUACUCAAAGGGUGCAGGAUGUUCAGCAUCUCUGAGUCAGUCCUUCCCUCUGCCUCGCUGUAAUAACGUGUAUCGUGUAUGAGCCUCGGAGCUGUUUCCUAUCUUGAUUUCUCUUUAAGUUCUCUGGCCAGAUCUCCUUCCCUGGUGCUUAGAGGUUUCCUGUUUUCUUUACAUAAACACCUUCUUGCUACCCUACCUGCAGCUCCCGCUGCACUAAAAGAGGACCGAGAGAAUUGGGCAGGAGCCUCCCUGCUGUCGGGAAGUGCUGUGGGAGGGCAGCCUGUGCGUUAACUGCUUCGCUGCCCGGCUCGUGCUGGCCGCUUCAGCGGGACCCCGAGUCAAUGAAUGGGAUCGCUCGCUCGUCUGCCGACUUCUCCUGCAUGGGUAACCAGGAGCCAGCAGCAACUCCUGAUGCAAUGGUGCAGCCAUUCACCACAAUCCCAUUUCCGCCACCCCCACAGAACGGGAUUCCCACAGAGUACGGGGUGCCACACACUCAGGACUAUGCAGGCCAGACCAGCGAGCACAAUCUGACGCUCUACGGAAGCACGCAGCCGCAUGGAGAGCAGAGCACGACCACGGCCAGCACGCAGAACGGAUCUCUCGCACAGACAGAAGGAGGGGCACAGACAGAUGGACAGCAAUCACAGACACAGAGCAGUGAGAACACCGAGAGCAAAUCCACUCCAAAACGGCUUCAUGUGUCCAACAUUCCCUUCCGCUUUCGAGAUCCGGACCUUCGACAGAUGUUUGGGCAAUUCGGCAAAAUCCUUGAUGUAGAGAUAAUCUUUAAUGAGCGCGGCUCCAAGGGAUUCGGGUUCGUAACUUUCGAGAAUAGUGCUGAUGCAGACAGGGCCAGGGAGAAAUUACACGGCACCGUGGUAGAGGGCCGUAAAAUCGAGGUUAACAAUGCCACGGCGCGAGUGAUGACCAACAAGAAGAUGGUCACACCAUACGCAAAUGGUUGGAAGUUGAGUCCUGUGGUUGGAGCGGUGUACGGCCCUGAGUUAUAUGCAGCGUCCAGCUUUCAAGCAGAUGUCUCGCUGGGCAAUGACGCCGCAGUGCCCCUGUCAGGAAGGGGGGGUAUUAACACUUACAUUCCUUUAAUCAUUCCAGGCUUCCCCUAUCCAACUGCAGCCACCACAGCAGCCGCGUUUCGGGGAGCCCACCUGAGGGGCCGAGGAAGGACGGUUUAUGGGGCAGUCCGGGCAGUACCUCCCACAGCCAUCCCUGCCUACCCAGGUGUGGUUUACCAGGACGGAUUUUACGGUGCUGACCUCUAUUCGACUGAAGAAAUGUUAACAUCCCGCUCUAAAUCUCUCAGUGGAGUCUCUGUUCCCUUCUCUGAUAUAACAGAUGGGUUAUUGCUUGUUAUAAUUAUUAACAUCGUGGUGUGGGACAGGGCUAGGGUGGGAGCCAUUCCGGGGGGCGAGGGCGGGAGGCUGCGGGGAGUCGUCGAGGUUGGAAUGUUAACUCCAGUGGUGACUGACUGUUUCCGUAAUAGCAGGUUGUUGUGGCUGCACGCUCUAGUACUUGAGGCUGUGUACUUCACUGAGCUUGUGGUAGAGCCUAGGGCGAACUGCUGUCCCAAGAGAAUGCUGGGAUGGAUAGAACUAGCCAAUAUGAGUCUGAACGUGGUGACUUUGCUGGUUGUUCUAGCUCCAGAUGUCAGCAUGCUUAGUUUUUAAUUUUGAUUAAUAAAUGUUACGCCAUCCCUCCCCCCCUUCCCACACCUGAUUCCAGCCCUUCUUUUCUUUUUUUCUUUUUUUUUUCAUUUGUUUUGGUUUGGUUUCAUUUUCUUUUACGAGAGACGUGAGUUAAAAGAGAAUUACAUGAUAACCCUUUUCUGGUUUCAAACUGCAUCUCGCUGCCAUGCGUAGAGCCUGUGCCAGUCACAUUUGAAAUGGCUUCGGAUGUGAAAUGUGGCUGGUAGGUGGGAGGGAGGGUGGGAAUCGGGGGGGCUGCCCUGCUGAAGGACAGCGCCAAGUGGAAACGUCUUCCAUGUCCUGCCCAAGUGACAGACCACACCAAGAGUCCAGGAAGGUCACAAGCUUAAGGAAAGGCCACAGGAUGGUAAUUUGGUGAGGUUGGUGAAGGUUUCAUUUGGAUUGCCCCUUGUUCCCCUUGUGUCUGUCGUGUUUUGGCGGUAGAAGUAGUGGUGGCGCAGCUAUAGCAUGCCAGAAGGAAGCCAAACCUCCCCAGGCUAUCAGUCUGAAGUGCAGGGAUUGAAACCACUAGGUAAGAGGGACAAAACCAUGACACAACAUUCCUUUCAAGCAACGUGGUGAUGUUUCACAGGUGAUUAUUUGCGUUACUCUCUUCUAUUAACUAGAAGAUUAAAGGGUCUGCAAGUCCCUCUCCUCCAGAGUAAGAAACUAUCCCCAGGUAUGUUUGGGGUAGCAUGCCAGUCGUCGUGGGGGCAGUUCCACAAGGGCAACCAAAAUGAAGUUAAAAUCAUGACUUCUAUUUUAAAGGCUGUCUAGACCAAAGCAGCACUGCUGAGCAAAGACAGAGUGCGUCCUGCAGUAGAGCUGAUCUUGUUCUCUUAGUUACAUACAGCCAUAACAUUUGUAGGGGAAAAAGCAGUAGAGAUAUUUUGAGCUGAUUCUGGAGGUAAAGAGCAUAAGUCUGCCUUCUGAUCCUUCCAACGCUGAAAUGUCACUUAAAAGGAAGAAAGAAAAAAAAAGAAAAAGCCAGAAGCAAUCUGGAGUUUUCUGAUGUUAUUUAUGGCUCAUUGUGUUUCUGGCAAAUCAAAGCCACGGUUCAUUUACCAUUGCUCCCCCACAGAGUUUACAGAAACGUGUUCAGAAGCAUACAGUCAGGAAAGAUCUAACCUGGGCUUCAGAGCUCUUCGGUGACUGCCACACAGCCUUAGCUCCUGGUCUGAGAGGUGGCAGGCAUCCAUCCCUCGUUACUGUGAGGUGCACGGAGCCGUGGGGCUGAGCCCGGGCUUCCUCUGCCCCGAGAGCUGUUGGUGGGAAUUCUGGUAGGACACUUGCAAGUCUUCCUCUGGGCCAGGAUUUAUGUUUUGCCGGCUCAGCUGUAACUACAUAGUUAGGAUCUACCUCUUACCAGUGUAAGCAUUUUAAAGAUCUUUACCACAGUUGUGUAACAUAGGUGUAAAUGCAGCAGCAGCACAGUCUGUUCAGAUGUAAUUUCCCCCAGUCUGUUUCUUUCUUACUCUGAGGGAGAGGAGAAUGCUCUGGUUGGUAUCUGUGUCAAUUUGCUUGUUGGCAGCCCGUCAGACCACCAGAGAUUGACUUCUGUGACCUUCUUUUACUGAUUGCUUUUUGGCUUCUCUAGCUAUUGAUGCUUUUAUGCAUCUGAACCAAAAGAAAUUCUAGCCUUUGAGGUCUCCCAGGCUUAGAAAAGAGACAAAGGAGAAAAAAAGCAGGAGCUCCUCUGAAUGAUGCCCUUUCUAAAAUACAUGCUUCACAGAAAGUGCCCACCUCUGAUUUCCCCAGCGUAAGAGGAAGGGGACAUAGAAAUUACAUUGCAUGCAGUAUUUCAGCUCUCUUCUGAUUUUCCGUUCCUCCAUGCCAAAUUUAGUUUCCUACAGGGAUAUCACCGUGCUCAGGCUCACUUCAGUUUAUUCCUUCUGCUAAACUGGGAAAUGGAAGAGUCUCCCUAGUCCUUCUGAGCAAAGGAAGAUAGGAGUUAAUGGGCGAUGCUUGUGCUAGAUAAGACAUGGGAGCUGAUGCAGUUUGAAACACUUCCUCUCCUUGUGAUGCGUGUGAUUCCUUUUUUUUUCUUUCUUUUUUUCCUUUUUCUUUUUUUUUUUUUUUUGGCUCUGCGUGGGUGGACAGGUAUCUGUAAAGUCAGUUCUCUUC